AUGUAUGGAGAUAUCAUAAAGGAGCAGGAGAGAAGACAUUUUAUUGAAAAGGUUGAGGAAACAAAACUUCCUACCGAUCGACCCGUACACUAUAUCCCGCAUCAUCCUGUUUCCAAGGAAUCAUCUACUACGCCAAUACGCAUUGUUUAUGAUUGUAGCUGCAAAGAUGGAAGAGAUAAUCCGAAUCUAAAUGAAUGCUUAGAAUCACACCCACCUGUUAUGAAUGACAUUAAGGGAAUACUUAUGAGAUUUCGCGCUAAGAAAUGUGCUACAACUUCAGAUUUAGAAAAGGCAUUUCUACACAUACAGCUCGACGAGAAAGACCGAGAUGCAACGAGGUUCUUAUGGCUUAGCGAUCCUACAAACACAUCAAGUCCGCUAAUAACAUAUCGCUUUAAGUCCGUACUCUUCGGAGCUACAUGUUCGCCAUUCAUUUUGAGCGCCACACUUCUCAAGCACUUUAAAGAAAAUCCGGGGAAACUUUCAGAUACACUUGAAAAUGGGUUAUAUGUGGACAACAUUUUAACUAGCUUUGAUAACGAAAAUGACGUAAUAGAUUAUUACAGGAGAUCGAGAGAAUUACUUACGAAAGGCGGAUUCAACCUACGCUCAUGGAAUUCAAACAGUCCAAAAUUACAAGAAAUCGCUAGCAAAGAACAAACCUUAGACAAAGAUGAGCUUACUAAAAUUCUUGGUAUGCAAUGGAACGCUAAAUCGGACAAGCUGUUUUAUCAAAGUAACACGUUCGAGAUGGAAAAAAAGGAAAACUGA